GCCAAUGCCAAGGGCCAAGUUGUCGGCGAUUGAAAUAUCGCCCAAGCAUGUUGGCAUAGAUGCACGCACUACGCACUUGGCAAACGAGGAAUACUAUAUAAUGGCUAUAGACGUCAAACUUUGAGAUAUCAUUCCAUCCAUCAAAAACAAAUAAAGCAACAUGCCUUUCUUCAAGCACACUUCCAAGUCCUCUGCAAGCUCUACAUCCGGUGCCUCUGCCUCUUCUACCAAGACUGCAAGCACAAAGCAAGCAAAGAAAACCGCUCCUCGUGCAAUCUUUCCCACUUACCCGAUGCAACACAGUCCAAUCAAUCGCAUGUAAUGCCAAUGAAA